CCCCUUACUGAAGAAUGUUCUGAGAUAACACAGACUUCAACCACAAUAGCCGGCCUAUCUGACAAGGUACUGAUAAGGCAUAAGGUGUGCACGGACUUCUGAAUGCAGAGCAAUCUAUAUAGUAAGAAUUGCAGUAAAAGAAGGCCAAAAGCAUCAGCAAAGAGCUUGCACGGAGGAGAACUAGAGGAGAACUAGUGAUUUGCUCAACAAUGCAAAAUUAAACAAGCUUCUACGCUAUCAGCAAAAAUGGACGUUUCUGACAGGCCACCACGAUCUAUCUGGUACAGGUUUCGGCUAAAGAAGUAUGAAAUCAAAGAGAGAGAGAGGCCAAAAUCAUGGGCCUAUGGCAACUAUCGACAACUGGCUAUGCUAAAUGAUGAGGGUCGUGGGAUGCAACAAGUGCUAUCUACUGCACCAAGACCGCAAACGAGACAGUCCAUGCCACCUGCUCCUCCAGUGCGAGCAAUUACAACACAAAUUUCAUCAGUAACAUCAUUACCAACAACUGAAAAACAACAGGAAGAUGAUGUAGAAGGGAAUAGCUCUGAGUCAUCCAAGGAUAUAAAAGAAACUAGGUCUGAAAGUGGUUUAGAGAGUAACACUAAAAAGAGUGAAGCAUUGUGGUUUUAAUAAUGUUAAUCUUUUAAAAUGUAUAGAAUAAGACAGAACUGCAUGUACAGUAUAGGUAUUUAUACUGCUGUAGUGCUAGUCUUUUUUCAUGCUUGUGUUUCAAUAUGUAUUAAAAGUAACAGAAAUAUAUUAGAAGUUUAGAUAA